AAGUCGAGCUCUAGACGCGUUCUGGCCGGCCAACCAGCGCGCAUAUCGGGGACUCUUUAUAUAUAAAGAGAUCUUACGAAACCGUUAGCACAUUCGGACUAUAGCCUGUCCAGGAAGUCACCUGUAUCCUCUCUCACCGGACAACACAAGAUGUUGCUCUUACUGGUCAUCGGCUUGUCUGCCUUGAUAGAGAUACUAGGUGCAAGUCCUGCCAUUGAGAGCGAAGCUAGACCUCAAGUCUUACGUUACGACUUAGAUACAGCUAAUAUGCCGAAUUCUUAUAAAUAUCACUACGACGCAAGCGACGGGUCUUCACGAACAGAGCACGGCUCUAUGGUGGACUCAGGCACAGGUGAAACUUCACUGGACGUCCUUGGCGCCGUCCGUUGGUACGACGAAAAGGGCCAUCUCUACGAAAUGACGUACAAAGCGGGGAAAAGAGGCUAUAGGACGAUAAUCAAAAUGCUGUCGUGAACCAUGCGAUAAUUCAAACGAGACUGGAAGUGAUAAUUAUUAUAAUAAUUUAUUUGAUUGUCCAUUAUUUAUUUAUUAAAUUAAGUUAUUGAAAAUGA